AUGCUAGAAGAGAUAUUGAGGAAGUCAAGAAAUCUCGGUGCCAAAAUUGAAAAGGAAAAGAUUUCGUUCGACGUAGAGUUAAAAGAACUCCAGCGAAUGAACGAAAAUGCCUGUGAGUAUCGCAAGUUUAUGGAAGUCAAGUCAAAGUGUCGCACCAGCCAAAUGGCCAAUAGAAAACGAGUUGGUGGAAAACAAGCAAGCAAAUUCGAAGUAGAGAGGAAUCUACUUGCGCAGUACGAGGCCGCUUUUAAGGCACUUGAGGAAUUAUUGGGUGAAAAGGACGUCGAUAAAAUUGUCGACAUUUUCAAAAAGAACGAAGCCGAAAUAAGUCGCACACUUGAAUACGUCAACGUGAAUAAUUCGGAGUGUUCAAAAAUUGAGGAAGAAAUUCACUUAAUCGAGGCAGAGAAGGUCCAGGCACUUAAAGAAAUCGACUUGCAAGCUUGCUCUUUCCAGGACCAAAUUAUGCAACUUAACGAAGAACACAAGAGAGUUAUGAGGGAUUCGGCCGCUCUUAUGAAGUCUCUCAACGCGUCAAAAAGGUGUGUGGACCUUUAUCUCAAAAACGCCAAAGCAAUGUUUUCACUUAUGAACUAUGAGCCUGACAGCGAGCUAGAUUUUGAUCUGAUGACCGCGGAAAACGUCGAGGGGAUUGUGCGAGCUCUGGAGCAGCGAGUUGACCACUUGGUGAACAUGUUUUUGGUGACGAAAUGCAAACAGGCAACAGAUCGUCCAAGCAGCGUCGCAACCGAGGCAGAAGGCUCGCUUCCAACUGAUUCAGCGCUGAGUGAAGACGCGGCCACGGUUGGAACCGUCGACGACACCGACGAUCUCCCGUCCGUGGGGGAAAUCAACGAUGAAAUCUCAGUGGACUCGGGGAACAUUUCACAACCAAUCAGUGAGACGCAACUUCGAAUGUACUUCUGA